UCACGAUCUCUCUAUCUCGCGGGAAGAGACCGAGGGGGCGGCCGCCGGUGCGUCUGCCCUCCCGUACCCCGCCCCCGCCUCUGCCGCGGCCCCCGCCUCCACCUCCCCCUGCCCGACGCCAUCGUGCCCCCUCCCCACCCGGCCCGGCCCCCCGAGCGGCCGCGGAGACUGCGCAGCGCGGGAGGCGGGAUCCGCACGAAGUCAAGUCAGAAUGAGUUACACAGAAAAACCCGACGAAAUUACGAAAGAUGAGUGGAUGGAAAAGCUCAAUAAUUUGCAUGUGCAGCGAGCAGACAUGAACCGCCUCAUCAUGAACUACCUGGUCACAGAGGGCUUCAAGGAGGCCGCGGAGAAGUUCCGGAUGGAAUCCGGGAUCGAGCCUAGCGUGGAUCUAGAAACCCUCGACGAGCGGAUCAAAAUCCGCGAGAUGAUCCUGAAGGGGCGGAUCCAGGAGGCCGUCGCCUUGAUCAACAGCCUCCACCCCGAGCUGCUGGACACCAACCGCCACCUGCACUUCCACCUGCAGCAGCAGCACCUGAUCGAGCUGAUCCGCCAGCGGGAGACGGAGGCGGCGCUGGAGUUCGCGCAGACGCAGCUGGCGGAGCAGGGGGAGGAGAGCAGGGAGUGCCUGACGGAGAUGGAGCGCACGCUGGCCCUGCUGGCCUUCGACAACCCUGAGGACUCGCCCUUCGGGGACCUGCUGAACAUGAUGCAGCGGCAGAAGGUGUGGAGCGAGGUCAACCAGGCCGUCCUGGAUUACGAGAAUCGUGAGUCGACGCCCAAGCUGGCGAAGUUGCUGAAGCUCCUCCUUUGGGCUCAGAAUGAGCUGGACCAGAAGAAAGUCAAGUACCCCAAAAUGACAGACCUCAGCAAAGGCGUCAUCGAGGAGCCCAAGUAGACCUGUGCGCCCGGGGUCCUGCGCGGCGCCGCGUGGGUCUCGCCAGGACGUCUGGCUGGACUGAGGGGUUCUUACUGCAGUGGAGACUCUCCCCUUUACUUCUUUCUCACCUGGCACCUCUUUUAAAGGAAAAAGUGGCCCCUACAAGCGCCAGAAAGCUCGCAGCGAAAGACGCGUGUCUCCGGAAGCCUGGUGCCGACCGCGCACGGCGUGUCCCGGGGGAGGCGGUGCCCGGCUGCUGCGCCGUCUGUGGGGGCGCCGUGGCCCCCCGGCCCCCAGAGCCCCCGAGAAGCGCUGGCCGCUGUCCUGCUGCGGGCAGGCGACUCGCUCUCCUCGCCCUCCUGGGUCUCCGUGCGCGAGCUGCCCCUCCCCCGGGUUUUGUUUGUUUUGUUUCUUCAUAGCAAAGACUAUAAAUUUGUAAAUCCUGACUCAAAGACGUGUGUGUGCGAGGCCACCGACUCUGGUUUGUUUUCCCUUCGGUCUGGGCUGUGUGGCUUUGGGGGCACACGUGUGUGUGAGGGGCGGGCGGUGUGUUUUUUAAUUUUUCAAAUACAUAUUUUGGUGCUGUACGUGGUCAGAGACGCUCCCGGGGAGAUCGACGGCCCAUCUCUCCUGGGCAGUUCUGUGG